AUGCUGAUUCGUUGGAAAAGUAAGGAUAAGAGCUCUUCGUCAGCAUCUUCCUCGUCGAGCACGUCGAAGAAGAAAAGGAAAGGACGUGAAAGUGAGGAUGACUGGCAGAAUGAUAAAAGUAAUAGGAAUCAACCGAACGAUCAAGGGGCGGACGAGAGACGGCGAUCGGCACGUAGCCGCGAGGACCCCCGGCGGCACACUCUUGGAGGGGAUAUGCUUCAGUAUCAGGCACAAACGCAACCGCCCAACAUUCAACGAUCGCUCGAAUUUGAGGUAAGCGCGCGCGCGGGUAAAUGGCGUCAGAACGCCCAAAUGCGCGUCUAUACACCGACCAAUCAAGGUCCGCUGUUCGACGAUGAUCCCGGCAUCAUGUCGGAAGCAGAAACGGCCAGCACCGGGUUUCGGCGUGGCGGAAAGCAACGAUCAUCGCUUCCGGUGGUGCGGACGCCUUCCAAGACGCUCGAACGACCGCUGGGGCUGGUCUUUUUACAGUACCGUUCGGAGACGAAGCGAGCGUUGUUGCCAAACGAAAUUACUUCCAUUGACACCGUGCGGGCCCUGUUUGUGCGUUCCUUUCCAAGGCAACUGACGAUGCAGUACCUCGAGGGUCCGAACGUGAAGAUCUACAUCCAUGAUUCUAGCAAAGAUAUGUUCUAUGAACUGGAGGACGUGAGAUCACACCUUCGCGAGAUCAGGGAUCGAUCGGUGUUGCGGUUGUUUGAGUCGAACGAGGUGAGCGCUCCGCAGAUGUUGCCGGGGGGACAGAAUAUUCCACAACCACUGCAGCCGGCCGCUAUUCCGAACCAAUGGGAUCAGGAACAGAGCUAUUUCAGCGAACCUGAGUUUGACUCGGAAUACCAGCAUCAGCACAUCCACAAGAGCAAGUAGGGAAAACAACCAACCAAAACUCCCUACUAUGUGGGUACAACCCAAACCCUGCCGAGAGGCAUGUACUCCGACAGGAGCAAAGGUGCGAUAGAUGGUUACAUGAGUUCUCCCGAGCGCAGUGGUGCUUCUAGAGGGGCAUACGAGGAGCCUUACUACAGCCAAUACGGAACCCGAUCUGCGACGGUGGCGCCAAUUAUUGACGAAGAACAGGGGGAUAUAUCCAUCGCCGACGACCAGUACGCCAUGUACGGUGUGAAGAAUGUUGGACGAAUUCCACGAGUGCCACCCAACCAAAUGUAUGAUCACACAAGAUCAGAAGAUCUGCACAGAAUACGGGUUGAGCACAUGGAACGGCAGCUGGCAAACCUAACCGGAUUGGUGCAGAAAGCUCUCACACAAAAUCCUUCGAUACCACUAGUUAACAAUACCCCAAACAUUCUAAACAUCCCAGGACAAUAUCGUAACGCUACUGGAGAUGGUACGGUUUGCACGCGCAAAAAACCGCCUAAAUUGGGAAAAUCAACGUGUCACAAGUCGGUUUCGUUCGAAAAAUCUGUCUCGUUCAGCGAUGACAUUCAAGGUGUGCAAAAGUCUCACAGCCCUCAGCAUUCUGCGGAUUCUAAACCUCCGAAACCUGCGAUAAAGUCGUCAACUUUGCCUAGAACAUCAUCCCAAGAACGGGAUCGCCUAAAACCACCUCCUCCACCGAAGCCCCUCGUAAUGGCUCCCGGAAACCAGUACCGAACUGACCUUACCCUAGCACCGGAAGUCUACAAUCAGUUGCGCGGUUUGCAGAAGAAAGCGAUGGACUUGCGCACAGAGGCGCGUACGCUUCGUCGGCUAACGCAAACGCAAGCUGUAGCCGUUCGGGAGGACAUCAAAGACACAUUCAUGAGAAUUCGUGCCACACUUUUAUCAAACACUGGCUUUGCGUGGGGUCAGGAUGAUAAGGAGCGGACUAACCUUACUAGAGAGGAAGAAAUCUACAAGCAGGAGGUGAUACGUUUGGAAAAAGAUCUGGCUGACCUGGAAUCCUCCGUGGAAGGUCUACGAGGAGAGGUGAUUAACAGACGAACUCGGGUCAAUAUGGUUGCGGUAGAGGAUAUGGCGCUGGUUCUCAGUCGGGCAAGCAAAACCGUGGCUGAGCUGAAGAUGCGUUUUCCGGUACUGCAACAAGGGUUGCGGAAUUUGAUUUCCAGCGAAAUGGAACGGGUUUGCCGCGAGGAAGCUUUCCUCAAAGAUGAACCCGAUCGUUUGGAAAACGCGCUGCGGCGGUGUAAAAAACUUACUGGAACGCUUGUAACACUUAAAAGACUUGCGAGCGUUCAGGAGCAGCGUUUGCCUAUUCCUGACACAACCAUCGUGGACGAAACGGUCAAACCUCCGGAAACGCAUCACACCGUCAACAAGUUCAACUGGCGAUGGAGUUCUAACUUCAAAGAGGCGAUCAAUGAGUAA